AUGAAGGACCCAGUCACCGCAAUCACCGGCAUCACCUACGACCGCGACAGCAUCGAGCACUGGAUCUUCACCGGCCGGAACACCACCUGUCCGGUCACCAAACAGCCCCUCCCCGCCGGCUCCGACCUCACCCCCAACCACACCCUCCGCCGCCUCAUCCAGUCGUGGUGCACCUGCCGCGGCAUCGACCGGAUCCCCACCCCCAAGCCCCUCCUCGACCGGUUCCACGUCAUCAAGCUCCUCCGCCGCCUCCCUUCCGACCGCCUCCUCGUCCUCCGCCGCCUCGAGACCCUCGCCUCCGAGCACGACCGCAACCGCAGGCACCUCCUCGACGCCGGCGUCCCCCAAGCCAUGGUCGGCAUCCUCCUCGACUCCUUCGACCGGCGGGAACCGCACGCUCCUGGACUGCACGAGGCGGUCCGGGUGCUCCACCUGGUCCGCGCCGGCCCGGUCGAGAUGAAGCUGACACUGCAACAGCAUCACCACAUAGACCGGAUCGUCCAGGCGCUGACGUGGCUGUUGGAAUUUUCCAACAACCACGUCAGCUACAAUGCAGUCUCAGUGAUGAGACUGCUUUUUGAAGAAACGUGCUCUAGCAGCAGCAGUAAUAAUAAUAAUACUGCGACGGAGCGGCUGAGUCCCGACUUCUUCGAGAAGAUUGUGGGGUUCCUGAGAGCGGCACGAGCUACUGCUGCCGAUCGCGAUGAUCAUGAUCAUCAUGAUCAUCGCGAUCGGCAACAGGCAGUCAACUCAGCCUUGACAGUGAUGUUGAGGGUUUCCCCUCUGGGAAAGAACCGAGUGGCGAUGGUGGAGUCCGGCGCGGUGUUCGAGCUCGUGGAGCUCGAGCUGGCCGCGGCGGGGUCGCUGACGGAGAGCAGGAGGACGACGGAGCUGGUGCUCGGGGUGCUCUUCAACCUGUGCUGCUGCGCGGAAGGGAGGGCGGAGUUCCUGAGGCACAGGGCGGGGGUGGCGGUGGUGGCGAAGAGGCUGAUGAAGGCGUCGUCCCCGGCCGCCGACGAGAGGGCGGUGAUGAUACUGUCGUUGGUGUGCAAGUUCUCCGGGACGAAUGCGGUGCUGCAGGAGCUGCUGAGCGUGAAGGCGGUGGCGAAGCUGUGCGUGGUGCUGCAGUCGGACGCGGCGGCGCAUCUGAAGGAGAAGGUGGCCGAGAUCUUGAGGCUUUACUCCGGCGAGGAGUGGAAGAGCAAUCCUUGCAUGGACACGUGUCUAUUGUCCAGGUAUCAGUAUCAGAGUUAG